GUCCAACCAGGUUUUGCGCACGCACGCACGCACGCACCGGUGUAUUCGCAGCGAUGGGAGCUUCGCAGACGCGCUCCGAGCACAAGCACCAGCACCUGGCGGACGAAACCGGAUUUUCGCUGGAACAGGUCAAAAACCUUCACAAAAGAUUCCAGCAGCUGAGUGGAAAUGAAGAGACAAUAAGUAGAGAGCUCUUGGACAGCGUACCGGCCCUCGCCAACAACCCGAUCAGAAAGCAAAUUAUCGAAGCAUUCUUUGAUAAAAGGAACCAGCAUCAUGACGAGGUGGGCACCUGCGAGGAGAUUGGCUUCGAGCAGUUCCUCAUGGUCAUGUCCCACUUCCGCCCUCCGACCUUGAAGACGACGGUGGAGGAGAAGGAAGCGAUGAGAAGAGAGAAGCUUCGCUUCCUGUUCAACAUGCACGACACAGACAACGAUGGCACCAUCACUCUGGCGGAGUACAGGAAGGUCGUAGAAGAGCUUUUGUCGAAGAGCGGCGACAUCGGGCAGGAGGCCGCCAAGGCGAUAGCGGACGCCGCCAUGUUGGAAGUGGCGAGCACCAACGUUCCCCACAUGGCUCCAGAGGACUUCUACGAAGGAAUUACGUUUGAGCAUUUUGAACAGAUUUUGAAAGGACUGGAAAUGGAGACGAGGAUGCACAUUCGCUUUCUAGACGUGGGCACCACCACGAUGGCUUGUGGGAAAUCCACCUCCUGAGAACAAGUUGCUGUUCUUGUUGAUGUUGCCUCUCCCAGUCCUGAUAAUUAUAGAUCUAGUACCAUAGAAUCAUUUUUUAGAUGAAUUAAAAAGACUGACAAGGUGGUGGAAUUCAUUUUUUUUUUUUUUUAAAUCAUUGUGAUCGUACUAAAUGUCACAUGCUACAGAUUAGUUUUCCCAUCUUUUGCUACGCUCUUAUUCACUUUUCAAGCUAACACUACCUCUCUGCAUUUCUUCUUCAACGUGUGUCAUCGGUUCUGGCUAACAGCCAAAAGAGUGAGACUGUAAAGAGUGAGACUGUAAAGAGUGAGACUGCGGGGGCGCAGAGCACUCCUCUGUGUAGAUGCUCUGUAAACCAACCACUGCUGCUCCGCUAUUUCUGACCGCUUAGUGAGUAAAUCGAACACUUUUCCCUGAGAGCAGCCGUGACGGACUUUGUACUGAAUUGUGUAAAUUAACAAAAUAAAUUUUAAAAGAGAUUACGACGAAAACAAAAAGCACGUGUACGCUUUUGUUUUCAGAGAAACUAAUGACAAAUGUACCGAGAAGAAUCGUAUUAAAAUUUUUUUUUUUUUAUUUAAUAAAAUCCCCAAAUAAAAAAAAAUCAUCCAUUUUAAACAUCUGGGUCCAUCGUCCACUACCGUCGUCCUAAGAUGCAUGAUGGAAAAAGGAAAGUCAUUCGAUUUUAAAAAAGAAGAAGAAAAAAGGGGAUAAAGUUUGGAGAAUCAAACUGAUCCGGGGUCAGCGGGCCGGAUGGGAGCCGCCGGGCAGCUUGUCGUACGGCACCGCCAGGCCGAUGUUGUAGUUGUAGCCGGAGGACUCGAUGUAGUCGGACCUGCAGAUGGGCAGGAUGUGGUCCCGCGACAACGCGUCCUCGGAGAAGUCGUAAUGGCAGAUGACUCCUCUGUGUCUGGAGGGUAAAUAUACAAUCAGAGAUAUUACUCAUUUCACUUUUUUUGGCAUAGGAGUAGGACAUUAAGAAGAGAUGAGAUCGGUCUGGUUCAAAGCACUGCUGCUUCAUCAUCCGGGGUGGUGUUACUUGAACCCCUGACAGUUUGCUGCAUGCUGCUUUGUCGGCUUGAUUAAAAAAAAAAAAAAACUAACUGGAGGAGCCGCAGGUUGUCUGGGAGAUGCGGUCCCAAUUUAAUUUUGAGUAAGCGUCAAAUUAAUGACACAGCUAGCAUGAAACAAGCUUCCGGCCAUCCUAAACACUAUCCCAUUUGCAAUAACAACGUGCUGUAAUUACUUUGACAAUGGCAAUAUUUUGUAAUU